CUGUUUCUUUUGUUGUUGGCGUAAUCGUUUUUGUUUCGUUCAUCGUUCCGUACACAAAGCAAUGAUUGUUUUAUAUUCUGUUUCUUCGUUUCUUUGCAAUAUGUUCUAGUUGCUGAUGUUGGCAUUUUUUUCGGAAUAAAUCUAUAAUAUAUAAUAUGAGUUCUCGAGACGGUAAUUCUAAAAAGCUAGGACGACCGACGGUAAACAUUGCUAUCCUGCCGGGAAGUGCCAACCUUCCGUCUGGCUCUGCUGCUGGAGGAAGCAUUAGCAGUAACAAUACUCUUAAUGGAUUAGAAGCUGCCGCAGGUGAUUAUGUUCCGAUUUUUUUCGAAGAAAUCUCUCAGAUUAUGCGAGGCUACGGAGAUUGUGAAAAACCACUACGAGAAUCAGUCAUAUUGGUAGAAAAGAUUGUGUUACAUCAAUUGAGAGGAAUUAUGCAGGAUGCAAUCGACCACGCCAUGUCCCGCCAGAAUUCGCCAGUUUUGUCGAGAAGAGAUUUCGAGUACAUAAUGCGAAAAAAUCCUGUAAGAGUAGCAAGGCUGCAAAAAUAUUUUAGAGAUAUGGCAUUCGUGAAAAAGAAGAUGAAGGAUUUAUAUGGUGAUCGCUUCUCUCAACUAGGAGAUCUUGGAUCUAACCUGGACGAAUCUGAUGAAGACUCGGAUCGUGAUGUCGCAGAAAAGUUCGACGAGGAAAAAGUGCGUCGUCUUUUUCGAGCUGAUCGAAUUUCGCAAAUUUUAGCCGGCAAACAAUAUGAAGAAUUCAAUCUUGCUAGAAGAACAUCUUUCAUGCAUCGCAAUACAAAUACCAUGAAAAAUCGAAUGAGAGCUUGGCUUAAUUUUCCUGAAGAUGUUAUCAUCUCGCAGAGUUGUUUGUUAACACUAUCCUAUCUAGCGCAUGAAACUAUUGCGGUGCUGGUGGAUUUCUGUAUUUUAACCAGACUAAAUUCAUCUAACAGGACAGUGGAUCCGUACAGUCGCGUGACAUCUUCGGGAACAUCCCAUUCUAUGCUCCAUUUGUGCCCAGAGGUGACGCACGGACGUGGUACUGACGGUGUAAAGCCAAUUACUCCACAAGAAAUUCACGAAGCAAUGCGACGACAUCGGCAAAUGGCUACACAAAGCAUGGGACAUUUUCGGAACAAUGCUCUCAACUGCAAGACUCCAUAUCUUGCGAUGUGAAGAAAACGCUAAUUCGAGUUUUUUCGAGUUUAAAUUAAUUACGCUCUUAAAAAAUUGGUUCGUGUUAUGACAAAUUUAAACAUGAUUCAUACUAUACUAUUCGUCAA